AUGACCACUAAAAGAACAAUUAUUCUUUUCUUCAUUCUUUAUAACCUCCUUGUGCUACUACCAUGUCAUGAUCAAAAUUUUGCCUAUGUCAAAGGGGGCAAGUGGAACCUACUAAUGUCAAGCAUAGGCAUAUCAGCCAUGCACAUGCAACUUCUUCACAAUGACAAAGUCAUCAUCUUCGAUCGUACUGACUUUGGAAAAUCCAACAUCUCAUUGCCUCAUGGCAAAUGCAGAAAACAUACAAAUGAAACAUUAGAAGUCGACUGCACUGCUCACUCUGUCGAAUACGAUGUAACAACAAACUCUAUACGACCUCUCAUGGUCCUCACCGACGUUUGGUGCUCCUCGGGCUCUGUCAACUCUAACGGUUCUUUGAUCCAAACGGGUGGCUAUAAAUAUGGUGAAAAAGUUGUAAGAGUUUUCAGACCUUGCAAAGGUAAUAACAUUACAAGCUGUGAUUGGAGAGAAAUUCAACGUGGCCUACUUCAACAACGUUGGUAUGCCACUAAUCAUAUAUUACCGGAUGGCAGACAAAUUAUCAUUGGCGGUCAUAAGGCUUUUACCUACGAGUUUUAUCCCAAGACCGCUUUAACCCAAAAUUUGUACAAACUGCCAUUUCUUUUGAAGACAAAGGAACCUAAAGUGGAGAAUAAUUUAUACCCGUUUGUUUUUCUCAAUGUGGAUGGUAAUUUAUUCAUAUUUGCUAAUAACCAAGCUAUCUUGUUUGAUUACAAGAAGACUAUGGUGGUGAAAACGUAUCCACAAAUACCUGGAGGUGAUCCGAGGAAUUAUCCAAGUACAGGUUCUGCAGUUCUUCUUCCAUUGAAGAACUUGCAUCCAAAAAAUAUUCAAGCUGAGGUAUUGGUAUGUGGUGGAGCAUCAAAAGACUCGUACUUGAAAGCAAAUCAGAGUAUCUUUAUCGAUGCAUUGAAUACAUGCGGGCGGAUCACAGUAACUGACCCGAAUCCAGAAUGGGCUAUGGAGACCAUGCCAAUGGCGAGGACAAUGAGUGACAUGGUGAUUCUACCAAAUGGUGACGUUUUGAUCAUCAAUGGAGCAGAGAAAGGCACUGCCGGGUGGAAUUGUGGCAGGAACCCCGUUUUGAGUCCGGUGAUUUACAGACCUGAUAACCCGUUUGGAUCUCGAUUCGAGAUCCAAAACCCAAGUAACAUACCAAGAAUGUACCAUUCAACAUCAGUUCUGCUCAGAGAUGGUCGAGUUCUUAUAGGUGGUAGUAAUCCACAUCAAUAUUACAACUUCACAGGAGUUAUUUUUCCCACUGAACUAAGGCUUGAGGCAUUUUCACCAUCUUAUUUGGAUUGUGAAUCAGCAAAUUUAUGUCCACGAAUCGUUUCACCCCAUUCGCAAGUUGAAUUCAAGUACGGGCAAAAAAUACUAGUUCAGUUUACUGUUUCUGGGAGAGUGAACAAAAAUUUGGUCAUGGUAACAAUGGUUGCACCAGGGUUUAACACACAUUCAUUUACUAUGAACCAAAGAUUAUUAGUACUUGCAAAUGGAAACGUGAAACCGAUUGGAAAGUCAGCAUACCGAAUCGAUAUACGCACUCCGAAUUCGCGUCAAAUAGCACCACCCGGAUACUAUCUUCUCUUCGUGGUCCAUCAAGAUAUACCAAGUGAAGGAAUUUGGAUUCAUAUCCAUUGA